GCCAAUGAGCCGCCCACAGGACGGGCUUGGCCAACCAAAUAAGUGCGAGGAACACUGCAUUGCUGCAAAAAAAUAACUAUAAAAAAAAGACGAAUCAUUUACGGCAGCUGCCGGCGCCUAAAACCCAAGCACAGCAAUAAGGUGUUGCGAGUGGACGGACGCCAUCUUCCUCCCGCCAUCAAAAGUUUUGUUACUACGAAAAUGUUAAGCUGCAAGAAGUCCUUACUAUCUCAAGUCAUCAAGAGAAAGACAAAGAAGAACAAAAGGAAGAAGAUGAAGAACAAUGAAGAGAUCUCUUUCAGUACCCAGAACUCUGAUCUAGAGAAACAAGAAUCCUUAGAGGGAGAAGAAGAAAGAGAAGAAGGAUUCGACUUGAAAAGCUCUGCUCCUUCACACAGUCAUGGUGUCCAGCCAUUAGGAAACUUCUUCCUUAGUACAUCACCUUGCAACUCCAGAAAUACAGGCCUGGGUAAUCUUCGAAUCCUGACAGAUGAACUUGUUCUUGAUAUUUUAGGGUUUCUUGAUGGUACCCAUUUAGGUGUUUUAGCUACAGUGAGCAGGUCUUUCUAUAUUUUUUGUAACCAUGAACCUCUUUGGAGGAAUCUUGUUUUGGAAAAUUUCAAGGGAGGGUUUUCCUUUAAUGGGUCUUGGAAAUCUACUUACGUUUCUGCACACAGGCCUUUGUCUUCUGCGUUGAUUAACUGUUCGUCGGGUUUAAAAGUGAGGGAUUUUUAUUCCGAUUAUCUCUUCCAAAGUUGGCUCUGUGCGAACCUUGAAAUGAAACCGGAAUGGCUCGAAAGGGAUAAUAUUGAGCGAAGGAGAGGGAUUUCAGUGGAGGAGUUUAUACUGAACUUUGAAGAACCAAAUAAACCAGUUUUGUUGGAAGGUUGCCUCGAGAAUUGGGCUGCUAUGAAGAAGUGGGGCAGGGAUUAUCUAAUUCGGGUUUCCAAGGAUUUUGAGUUUUCAGUUGGGCCAGUUAAUAUGAAGCUUGAGGAUUAUUUUAGGUAUGCAGAUGGGGCGAAAGAGGAAAGGCCAUUGUAUCUCUUCGACCCAAAGUUUGCAGAGAAGGUACCUGAACUAGGUUCUGAUUAUGAAGUUCCCGUGUACUUCAGAGAGGAUUUAUUUUCUGUUUUGGGUAGUGAGAGACCGGAUUACAAAUGGAUUAUAAUUGGACCUGUUGGGUCGGGUUCUUCAUUCCACAUUGAUCCAAAUUCAACAUCAGCUUGGAAUGCAAUCGUCAAGGGAUCCAAAAAAUGGAUCUUGUUUCCACCAGAUGUAGUGCCACCAGGAGUCCAUCCAAGCCCUGAUGGUGCAGAAGUGGCAUGCCCUGUUUCAAUAAUUGAGUGGUUCAUGAACUUCUAUGGUGCCACUAAGAAUUGGAAGAAGAGGCCCGUUGAGUGUGUGUGCAAAGUAGGGGAGGUGAUCUUUGUGCCUAAUGGAUGGUGGCAUUUGGUGAUCAACCUUGAGGAAUCUAUUGCCAUCACACAGAAUUAUGUUAGUAGGAGGAAUCUAUUGAAUGUUUUGGAUUUUCUCAAGAAGCCAAAUGCAAAUGACCUCGUAUCUGGAACAAGAGACAGGGUAACUUUGUACGAUAAGUUUAGGAGUGCCAUUGAAGCUUCAUUUCCUGGGACUAUUGACCAGUUGGUAUUGAAAACUGAAGAGAAGGCAGCUAAGCAGAAAAAACUGUCAUUCUGGGAUUCUGUGACAGAUUCCAAAGUGGGUGCAUUCAAAUUUUCUUUCUGAACCCACACAUUUUUAGGCGAAACCAAAGGACUGGGAAAGGAACUAAAUUAUGGAGCCUACCCUUUUAUGAAGGAUUGGACACCUAACACAAUUCAUGUAGAGUUGAUCAUAAUUCCCCUUUAUUUUUGAUAAAAAAUAACUCUCCUUUAUUCAUUGUUGAACGUUGAGAGAGGUAAAGUCAACCCAGAUUUUUGAUACUGAUCUUUUGUUUUACUUUAUUAUAAUCCCAUAAUUUUUAUGGUUUGAUUA